AACUUUAUAAGCAGAAGUGGAUUUUAUAGUCAGACACUUUGUUGAUGUAUCUUCAUGAGAUAAAGCUAUUUAGCCGUUUGUGAUAGAGACAUUUUGUUGAUGGACGCAGUAGGAGAGUGAUCAUACUUCAGACAACACCAUGACGUCUUCUGUGACACGUUUCACCAAAAACUACUGUAGCCUACUCUUCAUUUUUCUUUUCUUUGGUAGUCAAGUUUCCAACGAAAGUUUAAUACCUGAAAUGGCUGGCUGUAAACUCCCUCCCAGUUUUGACUAUGCAGAACCGAGAGAUGAAUAUGUAAACCAAACUAUAUUUCCCCAAGGUGAAAUGUUGCAUUACAAGUGCCGUCCAGGUUAUGUACCUAUUCCAAACACCAAAACAAGCAUAACAUGCUUGGACAACAUGACCUGGUCCACGGCUGACAUUUUCUGUACACGAGGCUGUCAUUCCCCUCUUCAACUUGAGUAUGCAGAGCUAAGAGAAGAGUUUCUGGACCAGAAUACGUUCCCUAUAGGGGCCAAGUUAUACUACAAAUGCCGCCCAGGCUAUGUAUACGUCAUGGGUACUGAAACCAGUAUAGUUUGCUUGGACUCUUUCAAGUGGUCUGAUGCAGAGAAAUUCUGUACACGGACAUGUAGCCAUCCUCCUAGGCUUCAGUAUGGAGAGCUGAAAGAAGAUUACUUGUCCAUGAGCACAUUCCCUAUUGGAACAAAGGUGGUAUUUAAUUGCCGUCCAGGUUACAUGCGAGUACCAGGGACCAAAACCCACAUAAUUUGCAUGCAGAACUUCCAGUGGUCUACUCCUGAUAUAUUCUGUAAACCAAGAUCAUGCGGAAAUCCUGGAGAUGCAAUGAAUGGUGAAUUUGAAGCUACUGAUUUUAUAUUUGGCUCCAGAGUAAAAUAUAAAUGUAAUACAGGAUACCGAAUGGUUUCAAAAAGGCCUUAUAGGGACUGUCAAGCAGAUGGAACUUGGAGCAACAUUGUUCCUGAAUGUGAAGCUGUAAUCUGCACUGCACCUAUGGAUGUAAUUGAUGGUUCAUAUGACCCCAUAAAAGAAGUAUAUCAGUACUUGGAUGCUGUGACAUAUAAAUGCAAAUAUGGUUUAGAUCAGAUUGGCCAAGCAUCUAUACACUGCACAGAAAAUGGAAUCUGGAGUUCUGAACCACCCCAAUGCAAACUUAUUUCUUGUCCCAAUCCUAUCGUUCCCAACUCACGGAAAUUAUUAGGAUUUUCUGGCCCAUACAUGUUGCAUUCUGCUGUGAGGUUUGAGUGCUACAGUGGUUUUCUGAUGAGAGGAUCUGCCUUAAUAAAAUGCACCCUUAAUAACAAGUGGGAACCAGACAUACCUAGGUGCCUAGGUAUAUGCAAGCCACCACCUGUGUUAGACUUUGCUGAACUAGAGGAAGAGGAUAAAGCACUUAUUGAUCAGAAUCUGUUCAUUCAGGAUACCACACUGCACUAUAAAUGUCGUGUUGGCUAUGAACGAGUUCCCAAAACUAAUAACACUAUAACUUGCUUGGGAAGGAACCAAAUUUCUUAUUAUGAGAACUUCUGUACCCGGAGAUCAUGUGGAAAUCCAGGAGACAUUGAAAAUGGAAACAUGCAAUUUUAUGACUUUCUUUAUGGCUCAAUAGUACGGUAUAUCUGCCAUGAAGGGUACAAAAUGGUAUCAGAUUCAACUUUACGUUGUCAAGAAGAUGGGACAUGGAGUGGUGUUCUUCCUAAAUGCGAAGUUAUUACUUGUCCUACUCCUGAAAUUUCUAAUGGAACAUACCACCCGAGGAACAAAACAUAUUUCUACAAGGAUUCUUUGACAUUUUCAUGUGAUGACAACCUAAGAUUGAUUGGUGAACGUUACAUAGAAUGCAUCGAUUCUGGACUUUGGAGUUCUCCCCCUCCCAAAUGCAAAGCUGUUUGCCCUUCUCCUCCUAUAAUAAAGAAUGCAGAUUUGAAUCAGCAAUUUGCUGACAAAGAAUAUUUCAACAUUGGCACAGUUGCGCAAUACAAAUGCAAGCCUGGGUACACCCGUAUUCCAAACACUAACAGCACCAUUACUUGUACUACAAACCUCACUUGGUCUACUCUUGACAUAUUCUGCACACGGAGAUCAUGUGGAAAUCCUGGGGAAAUUAACAAUGGUCGUAUGGAGGCAUCUGAUUUUUUAUUUGGUUCUAAAGCGAACUACUCAUGUUACACAGGAUACAAGAUGAUAUCGAAAAUAAAUUACAGAGAAUGUCUUGCAGACGGAGACUGGAGUGAAGCUAUACCAGAAUGCAGAGUUCAGACUUGUCCUGAUCCUGGUUUUGUAACUAAUGGAUUAUACAGUCCUCGAAAAGAAGAAUACCAAUACCAAGACGUUAUUACAUACGAGUGUAAACAUGGCUUGACCCUGUAUGGGAAAGCUAAACGGACUUGCACAGAACAUGGAACAUGGGAUCAUCAUGCUCCACGGUGCAAAGAGUCUAUAUGUGAUGAAAUCUGGGCAAUGCAAGAAGAAAUGAGAAAAUGUAGUUCUGCACCAGAUGAGUGGAUCAAGUACCUGCAGAUUAAGUACCUUUAUCUACAGAUUGAGGACCUCCAGAUUGAGGUUGGCAAGAAGAAAAGUUUGCGACAUUGGAGGCAGAUGUAAUAUAUGUUCUGCUUAGAGAUGAUACAGUGUGCUAUGUUUUAUCAAUUAUUUAGCAUAGCACCUUAAACUGAUUUUCAUGAAUAUUUAGACAAACCAAAUUCCAAUCUUUUUUAUUUCAACAUUCCGAUUUACUUAAUAUCCAAUAAUGUAUUUAACAUUUAAAAUGUUGCUGUUAAUGUAAGAAAUAAUUAUCUCUAAAAAUAAACAUAUUAUGGCUACCAAAAA